AUGAAGAUCCAUUUCUUGUUGGAAAUUUAGUAUUUAUAAUCAUCAAAUAGAUUUUUAAAUCUUUAAGAUUAAUCAAAAAGUAGAAAAAUAUUAAAAAGGAAAUAAUGGAUAAAAAGAAUAAUUUUUUAUUUUUGCUAGGAAUAGUCUAGCAAAUCAUAACUUGGGAAAUUAUGUUGUCUAUAGAAUCUUGAACAAGAAAUCAAAAAUAAAGAGAUUUAAUAUUUGAACAAUAAUCUUCAUUUAUUUUAAUACUUAGUAAUUGUUAUAACCCUUUAAAUAAAUAUACUUUUCUUCUUAAUUCAUUAUACAAUACUUACGGAUGCAGAGUAUAAAAGUUAUAAGUAAUUUUUCAUAAUUCUAAUUUAUUCGAUAAAGAUUUUUUCAAUUCAAUCAUUUACAUUAUAAAUCUUGUUAUUACUAUUAAUCAAUAAAUUUUUAUAUCAAAAUUGA